GUAUUUCUUUGUUAACCAGAAUCCUUAGCGCGAGGCGGAAAAAUACGGCUUUCUCUCAGCUUCCGUCGAUUGCCGCAUUUUAUCUGCGGCUCUUUUUUCGGCUUUCCUGUUGCUGUUUCCGCGAGGGAGAUGGCGGCCCCCGAGCAGCCGCUGCCGACGAUGUCGAGAGGAUGCCAGAGCUCUGCUUCGCUUUCUCCGCCGCGGGGCGACCGAACCCUUCUGGUGAGGCACCUGCCAGCAGAGCUGAGCGCGGAGGAGAAAGAGGACUUGCUGAAGUAUUUCGGGGCACAGUCGGUGCGCGUCCUGUCCGAUAAGGGGCGACUGAAACAUACAGCUUUUGCUACUUUCGCUAAUGAAAAAGCAGCUAUAAAGGCACUGACAAGACUCCAUCAGCUGAAACUUUUAGGUCAUACUUUAGUUGUUGAAUUUGCAAAAGAGCAAGAUCGAGUUCAUUCCCCAUGUCCCUCUUCAGGCAGUGAGAAAAAGAAAAGGUCUGAUGAUCCUGUGGAAGAUGAUAAAGAAAAGAAAGAACUUGGUUGUUUAACCAUAGAAAAUGGAAUUGCACCAAACCAUGGGCUGACUUUUCCUCUCAAUUCAUGCCUCAAGUAUAUGUACCCACCACCUUCCAGCACAAUCCUAGCAAACAUAGUAAAUGCUUUGGCAAGUGUGCCUAAGUUCUAUGUACAGGUGCUUCAUCUUAUGAAUAAAAUGAAUUUACCCACACCUUUUGGACCAAUUACUGCACGACCUCCCAUGUAUGAAGACUAUAUGCCAUUACACGCACCUCUUCCACCUACAUCUCCUCAGCCACCAGAGGAACCUCCUUUGCCAGAUGAGGAUGAGGAACUAUCUAGUAAAGAAUCAGAAUAUGAAAGCAGUGAUGAUGAAGACCGACAAAGGAUGACCAAACUAAUGGAACUAGCAAAUCUUCAGCCCAAAAGACCAAAAACAGUAAAGCAGCGCCACGUGAGAAAAAAGCAAAAAAUAAAGGAUAUGUUGAUUACACCUUCACCUGCUUCACACAGCAAUUUACAUCCAGUGCUGUUACCUUCAGAUGUGUUUGACCAACCACAACCUGUAGGUAGUAAAAAAAUUGAAUUCCAUAUAUCUACUGACAUGGUGGCUGCAUUUAAGAAAGAUUUAGAAAAGGAACAAACUUACGACGAACAGAAGUGUGAUUUAUCCACUACUGAAGUUGAUGCCAAUUCCGGAUUUGGAAAAAUCUUCCCAAAACCUAAUUUGAACAUCGCAGAGGAGAUUAAAGAAGACUCUGAUGAAAUGCCAUCAGAAUGUAUUUCUAGAAGAGAGUUGGAAAAGGGCAGAAUUUCUAGAGAAGAAAUGGAAACACUUCCGGUUUUUAGAAGUUAUGAGCCUGGUGAACCAAACUGUAGAAUUUAUGUAAAGAAUUUAGCUAAACAUGUUCAAGAAAAGGACCUUAAAUUUAUUUUUGGAAGAUAUGUUGACUUUUCAUCAGAAACACAACGAAUAAUGUUUGAUAUACGCUUGAUGAAAGAAGGUCGUAUGAAAGGACAAGCUUUCAUUGGACUUCCAAAUGAAAAAGCAGCAGCAAAAGCCUUAAAGGAAGCUAACGGAUAUGUUCUUUUUGGAAAACCUAUGGUGGUUCAAUUUGCUCGAUCUGCUAGACCAAAACAAGAUUCUAAAGAAGGAAAAAGAAAGUGUUAAAAAUUAAUGAAGAAGCAUUCCUGCGUAAAUACUGCUGUAAUACUGUCAUACAAAGUGUAUCCUUUCUUGUAUCCUUUUUGGGGCAGUGUUUUCUGUUUUUCCUAGAAAUGUUUUGUCCCUCCCCCACCCAUUGAUCUAGAUUAAACAAUAAUUUUUUACAAUUUUUUGAAAUGAAAUAUUUUUAAAAUUAUCUGUUGAUUGAACAAAUAUUUUAUGUAUUUUUAAAGAUUAGUUGCUGACUUUUCUAUGCAGUGCUUUAGAUUAUGUAAAUUUUCCAAGGAAAGUUAGUGAAUCAGGUCAACUUACUUGAAGAAUGUAAACAUUUGCUUUGACACAGAAUUUAGUCUUGUUUUUUUCUAUUUAUGUAUUUUCUAAACCUAAUUCAGUAACACGUAAUUUCUGUUUUAUGAUGUAUCUGGUUAGGUGUUCUAUAUAACGUGUUGUAAAAUUUGAUUGGGGAAACAGUUUUUUCUUUUUGAAAAGUACGUAUAUUGAAAAUUUAAAUAGCUGGUUUUCUUUGUGAAUUCCAAGUAAGAGUAAGCAGACCUUACUUCUGAGGUCGUCUUAUUGAAAUCUCCUUUGAGAUAUAUAGCAAGUAGAAGUAUCUUCUUUCCUUUCUUUUUCUAAACAAAAGGAAUAAGAAAUAAAUAACAGAGGGGAGAAGACAUAAUGUUGACUCAGUAUAGCACAUUAAGUGAAAAGAAACAAUCCUGGUAGGUAUGUAAGAACAGUGGUUUCCAGACUAGUUGAUGCCCAGAACCACCCAGAGCAGUGGUUCCCUAUCUUGGCUGCACAUUAGAAAGACCUAUGGAACUUUUAGAGAGAUACUGAUUUUUAAAAAAAGAAAGCUAAAAAAAUAUACUGAUGCCUGGGUUCCUUCCCCGGAGUUUUGAUUUAAUUGGUCUGGAGUAUAACAGAGAUACUAGAAUUUUUGAAACCUCUGAAAGUUUUGAUUUUCAUGUGCAAUCAAGGUUGAGGACCAUCGAGGAAGGACUUUUAUGCAUACAUUCCUGAACUCUAUCCUGGAACUAGUAAAUCAGAAUCUCUGGGAGUGGUACCAAGAAUCUAAUUUGAACAGAUUUCCUUGGUAGUUCUAAGGACUGACCAGUUUGGAUACUGCUUUGUUAGAUUAAAAUGGUUAGGUGCCUAAUACUAGCCUAGCCAUCUAACCUUUUAUAUAAAUAGGAAAAUAAGGUGUUGGAGGCUCUGCAUUUCUUUCUUGAAAAUCCUGCUAUUAAUAGUCCUAUGGAAACAUUUCAAAAUUCUGUUAAUUGGUAUCACCCUGAGAGUACAAAAAGUUAUAGAUAUUGAAAUUGCUGCUGUUUUUUCCUAUAGGCACUGUUAAAAUUUUUAUUUUUUAAUGUUGUAAAUUACAGUUUCUGCAUAAGCUGUUUACUUAGACGAUUAAAAUUUUGUACUGACAUGAUUCACUAAUUUUCUAAAUAUGAAUGUUUUAGCUUUUAGUUGCUUUAAAUUAACUGUUUUAUAUAAUCAUGCUUAUUUUUAAUGAACUUUUAUGAUGUUUUAGGUUCCUUUUGAAUUUCAUAUCUUUCAAGUGCUUUCCAACUUUGAGGAGAUAAAAAUGACCACCUGGACUAUGGAACUGUGCGUAACAGCUUUUAAAGUGUAUUUAAAAAUUAAAUCUAUAUGCAUUUAAAUCAGUUUAUUGGAGAUAUAUUACAUGUAUUUUAAUCAUCUCAUAUAUAAUAAAUUAUUUUCUUUCCAAUAAAA